AUGGUGGAAAUAGAAGCACCACCACCACAACCAGAUGCUCCGCUUCAAAUUACCAAACCCCUCACCAUCAAGAUUUCAAAUUCUGAAGCAAAACAUGUUCAAACUAGCAACUUGUCAACGGCUUCAUCUCCAUACGGUUCUCCUCUCAUCUCUCCUCCUUCAUCUGCAUUCGUCUCUGCUCUUCAGUCCCCUUACAUUUCCCCAAGAGCAAUCGAAAUCCCAAUAAAUCUUCUUCCUAAUCCUAAUCCUAAUCCUAAUCCUCUCACCCACCCAUCACCUCCGGUUUCCUAUUCCGGUUCACAGUCCGACGACGUUCCCAGCACUUCUUACACUCCCCCGCCGGAAGCCGACGAUUUUUGCGACGAACCCACUAACCAAAAGCUCAAGAUUGACUCCGCCCCUCCUCGAAUCUCCUUCUCUUUCCCAGUUCCACGGAUUUCCUUCGCCAAAAACCCGGUUUCACCCGCAUCAAAUGGUAAGCUGAGAAGCUGCGACGUUUACAUAGGAUACCAUGGUCAAAACCCAAACCUAACUCGCUUCUGCAAGUGGCUCAAAUCUGAACUCGAGCUUCAAGGGAUUGCUUGUUUCACCGCCGACAGGGCAAAGUACUCAGACACGCAGAGUCACGAGAUUGCCGACCGUGUUAUUUGCUCCGUUACUUUCGGAGUUGUGGUUAUUACUCCUUUCAGUGUUCUCAACUCUGUUACCUUAGAGGAGAUCAGAUUCUUCGCUCAGAAGAAGAAUCUGAUUCCCCUGUUCUUCGACACAGACCAGACAGAAAUCACCGAUCUUCUUCAACAUGGUUCAGAUUAUAAAGACAACAGAGAAGCCAUCGAAGGACUGAUGAAAUCUCAAGAGUUCAUGCUUGAAGCAAAUGAAGGUAACUGGAGAAGCUGCGUCUGUAAAGCAGCUGGGAUUUUGACGGCAAAGCUUGGUCGGAAGAGUGUUGCGGAGAGGGAGGUUGAAAGUGGGUACGAUGAGUUGCCGUUUCUUCGUAACAAAUUCUUUGUGGAUAGAGAAAGAGAGAUCAUGGAGAUUGAAACUGCCUUCUUUGGGAAUGGGGAUUAUAUAGAGAAUAAUGGGCAAUCAGAUGAAGAAAGUGAAGUUGACAUUAGCAGAGGAGGGAGAUACAUAUGUCUUGAAGUGGGAAGACGAAAGGAACCAAAAUUAGAAGCUUGGGUUGAACCCGUGAUUGGAAGAAACUCAAUUAAGAGACACAAGUAUAAUAAAUCAAAGAGCGGAAAAUACAAAAGCUUUGGAAGCAGUAUUGUUUGCAUAAACGGAGCUGCCGGCAUUGGAAAGACUGAACUAGCGUUGGAAUUUGCUCACAGGUAUUGCCAGAGAUACAAGAUGGUUUUAUGGGUUGGAGGCGAAGCUCAGUAUUUCAGACAGAACAUACUCAAUCUGUCGCUUAAUUUAGGACUGGACGUGAGUGCCGACGCAGAGAAGGAAAGGGGGAGAAUUCGAAGCUUCGAAGAGCAAGAAGGGGAAGCAUUCAAGAGAGUCAAGAGGGAAUUGUUUCGCGAUAUGCCUUAUUUGCUUAUCAUUGAUAAUCUAGAGACAGAGAAAGAAUGGUGGGAAGGGAAAGAUCUUCAUGACUUGAUACCAAGAAAUACAGGUGGGACUCAUGUCAUAGUUACGACGAGGCUAUCACGAGUGAUGAACUUCGAUCCUAUGCAGCUUCAGCCAUUGCCGUUAACAGACGCCAUGAAUUUGAUCAAAGGAAGAAGAAAGAAGGAUUACUCAAUUGAGGAGAUUGAUUAUCUUGGGAAAUUUGAUGAGAAAGUUGGCAGAUCGAGUUUCGGUUUAUGGGUCAUCGGUUCCCUACUCUCCGAACUGCAAAUUCUUCCUUCGGCCCUCUUCGAAGCUAUAAACAAUAUCCAGAUUGAGGAAGCUUCUAAUUUGAGCGUUGCAGAUGAAUUCAUAAUGAAAGUGAUCACCUUUUGUGACGCUGUCGUGCAGAAAUCGAACGUUCUCACAUCACAAAUGCUUCUAGCCGGGGGUUGGUUUGCGCCGACGCCCAUUUCGAGUAAUCUACUAGUCGCGGCAGCUAAAAGCAUGCCAAACACCAAAAACCGGUUCAGGAAUUGGACCAAGUGUUGUUGCUUGGGCGGUCGGUUAUCAAGCUCGACAUGGAAGAGUGAAGAGGAUUCGGCUCUCCUGUUGGUUAAGCUAGGUUUAGCUCGACGGGCGAAUAAGCAAUCCGGCUGCUGGAUCCAGUUCCAUCCGAUAACUCAAAUAUACUCUAGGAGAAAAGGCGGUUCAUUAACCGCCAAGGCAACCGUCCAAGGAGUGAGAAAGAUUGGGAAUCCGUUCGCCAACUCGGACCAUCUCUGGGCUUCCGCAUUUCUGGUAUUUGGAUUCAAAUCUGCACCUCCUCUCGUACAAAUGAAAGUGGUUGAUAUGGUUCUGUUCAUAAAGAAAACCGCUCUGCCUCUAGCAAUCAGAGCGUUUACGGUUUUCUCAAGAUGUAACGCAGCGUUGGAGCUUCUCAAAGUGUGCACGAACGUUCUGGAGGAAGUGGAGAAGUCUUUUGUAUCUCAGAUACAGGAUUGGUGCCAUGGAUCGCUUUGCUGGAAGAAGAAGAAGUUGCUGUUACAGUCGAACCAGAAAUUGGAUGAGUAUUUGUGGCAAGACGUGACGUUAUUGAAAGCAGCUUUGCUCGAGACGAGAGCAAAACUACUUCUGAAAGGCGGACUCUUUGACAGCGGUGAAGAGCUCUGUAGAACUUGCAUUAGUAUAAGAACAGUGAUGUUGGGACAUAACCAUUCACAAACCUUGGCUGCUCAAGAAACAUUAGCAAAGUUAGUCAGGAUGAGAAGCAAGAUUUGAUUCUUUUUCUUUUUUUUUGUAUGACAUUUGAAUAGAAUGAACAUUUUUCCA